AUUAACCACCGGCGACUGUUCAAACUGCUAGUCCACCCACCAUUCUACCUAUAAAUACCCACCAGUCUCGACAUCUUCCCCAGGCAUUUUACCAAUAGAGAUCUGUUGCUUUUACUCAAAUUCCCAUUUUCUCCCAACAAUGGCGUCUCGCUACGAAGUUGAGGUAACCAUUUCCUCGGCCAAGGAUCUCAAGAACGUCAACUGGCGAAACGGCAAGACCCGCCCAUACGCCGUCGUUUGGGUCGAUCCCAAGAACAAGUGCUCCACCAAGGUGGACGAAGAAGGCGACACGUCUCCCGUCUGGGACGACACUCUGGUUAUCCCCUUGCCGGGUCCCGUCGACGACGACACCGUCCUCUUCAUCGAUGUCGUUCACGCCGGACGAGAAGAGGAUACCAAGCCGUUGAUCGGCUCGGCUCGGCUCAACCUCCGCGAAGUCAUCGACGAAGUCGGCCGCGGGGAGCGAUGCAGCCGAACGCUCAAGCUCAAGCGUCCUUCCGGUCGCCCUCAGGGAAAGCUCGAUGUCAAGGUGAUGAUCAAGGAGCCGCGCUAUUAUGCGCCGGAUCCGUAUCAUGCACCUCCGUACGGCGUGCCACCACCAGCAGCUGGUUCUAGAGACUACCAGUACGAUCAGCCGUACGGCGUGCCGCCACCGAAUCCUUACUACCAAACGGCUGCGCCGCCCAGUGGAUACCCUUACGGCGGGUACAGUGCACCUCCCCACGGUCAACCGGGUUACGGUCAACAGAGCUACGGCCAGGGUUCGUACGGUGGUCAGAGCACCGGGUAUGGUUACCAGCAGGAGGAGGAGAAGAAGAAGAGCAAGUUUGGAGGGAUGGGGACGGGAUUGGCUGUGGGUGCGGUUGCAGGAGUGUUGGGUGGACUCGCGAUUGCGGAGGGCGUUGACGCGUUGGAGGAUCACAUUGCUGAUGAAGCAGCGGAGAAGGUUGAAGAGGAUCUGGCCUAUGAUGGUGAUGACUUCUAGAAGAGUGUGCCUCUUGAUGGGCCCUACCCCUUUAUUUCGCUUUUUUUUCUUUUUUGUAAUUUUGUUCUUUUAAUUACAGAGUAUUUAAUAAAAUUUAAUAUUUUAAAAAAGA